AUGAAGUUCUCGCAUUUUGCCGUUCUUGCCGUUGUGGCACCCCUUGCUUCGUCUUUCGCUCCAGCCGCCAGACAAAAUGUUGCCCGUCUGAGCUCUCUUCAAAAAUCGAAGGACGCUUAUGAUUUGGACUUGAGUGGAAUCAGUUUCCCCGAGCCAGAACCUGUCAAGGCAGCACCAGCACCAGCACCAGCACCCAAGGCCAAGAAAGCAAAGAAGGUCAAGGAACCCGAACCUGAACCAGUGCCAGAACCCCCCAAAAAAGAGCCCAAGGCUAAGAAAGCAAAGAAGGCUGCUCCUGCCCCAGUUCCCGAUAGGACAGAUGCUCUCACUGCCAAAAUCGAAAACCUGAAGCCCAGCAAGCCAAGCAAGCCCAGCAAGAAGUCAAAGCCUGCACCUGUAGCUCCUGUUCCCGUCAAGGCAGUUGCCCCUCCACCCAAGCCAGCGCAAAGUGAUUCUAGUGCUGUUCCUCUAGGUGUUGUACUUGGAGGAGCACCUCUACUUUUGGCACCCAUCGCCGCUCUUGGAGCUGCACGUUCUGUUUUGUCAGGUACACAGGCAAGACGUGCCAAGAUUCAAGAGGAAAUUGCCGAAUUCGAGGCCGCUCAGAAGAAGAAGGAGUUGGAUGCCCAGGUUGAUAGCAGUGGUGUUGCCCAAGCUCUGGGAUACUUGGGAGCCGGUGCUGCAGCAUUGGGUCUUAUUGUAGCCCCAGGACUUGGAUCUAUCUCUCUGCCAGAUCUUCCCUCUGCCCCAUCUGGUUCUUCAGGUUCAGUGGAAAAGGUAGUCGCCGCAAAGAAGGCCCCAACACUCGCAUUGCCACGUGAAUAUGGUGAAGAGAAGGCUAUCAAGAAGCGUCUGUCUGUGGCUGAGAAGCGUGAAGCUUCCAAGUCCGCCGCCGAAGCAAGGAAGGAAGCCAUUGCCGCCAAGAAAGAGGCCGCCGAAGCUGAAGCUGCUGAUAAGGCAGCUGCUGCCGAGGCUGCCAAGGCCGAAAAGGCUGCUGCUAAGGCUGCCGCCAAGGAAGCUGCUGCUGCUGCCAGGGCUGAAAAGGCUGCUGCCGCUGCUCCCACCGUGAGUGCAGAGGAGAAGGCCGCCGCUAGGGCUGCUGCCCAGGAAGCCGCUGCUGCUGCCAAGGCUGAAAAGGCAGCUGCUGCUGAGGCUGCUAAGGCCGAAAGGGCAGCAGCUGCUGAAGCUGCUAAGGCUGAAAAGGCAGCGGCUGAUGAAGCUGCCAAGGCUGAAAAGGCUGCUGCCAAGGAAGCUGCUGCAGCUGCGAAGGCCGCCAAGGCUGAUGCUCCAGACGUGAGUGCAGAGGAGAAGGCCGCUGCUAAGGCUGCUGCUCAAGAAGCCGCUGCCGCCGCCAAGGCUGAAAAGGCAGCGGCUGCUGAAGCUGCCAAGGCUGAAAAGGCUGCUGCCAAGGAAGCUGCUGCUGCUGCCAAGGCUGAAAAGGCUGCCGCACCAAAGGAAGACACUGCUGCAGCUGAAAAGGCCGCCGCCGAAGCCGCAGCUGCCGAGAAGGCUGCAGCCGAGAAGGCCGCCGCUGAGAAGGCCGCCGCCGAAGCCGCAGCUGCCGAGAAGGCUGCCGCCGAGAAGGCUGCCGCUCAGGCUGCUGCCGCCGCUGCCCCACCAGCAAAAUCUAGUGGAGGAGCCCUCGGUGUAGUGUCAGACUCCGCUUCUGGAGGCAAGGUUUUGCCAAAGGAUGAAGUCAGCGAUGAUGUCAAGGCAUUCUUGAAGACUUUGAACAAAUAA